AUGGGAGGAAAAAGCAGUCGACUGUCAGUGGAGGCACGGCUGAGCCUCCUGGGCGAGUGUGGCGUGGACGCCGUGAGGCUGUCCCGCCCCCGCUCGGGGGGGCUGCUGUGGGAGGGGGAGGCGCUCUCUGGCCUCCUUUACCUUCCGGGUGCACUGCCUGGCAGGAGGCGCAACAGUCUUCUGUCAGGACCUGCCCCUGAGGGACCUCCUGGCCGGACUGAAGUACACUACGGCGGGGCGUCACGCCGUUUUGUACUUCAGCCUGGCCGGAGGUCUGGGUGUCACGGGGGGCAGGGGCAGGGCUGCCCCGUGCUCUUUUGCAACAGCAAGAGAGUGGGCAGCCGCCCCAAGCCCCCCCAAGAGGACCAGGCUGUCCGCGUCCCAGAGGCGGGGCAGGAGGCCGGCCCCGCCCCAGAGGCUGGCCAGGUGGUGGUGGCCAGCCCGGGGCACGAGGCCGGCCACGCCCCUGAGGCUGGCCAGGUGGUGGCGGCCAGCCCAGGGCACGAGGCCUGCCCCGCCCCAGAGGCUGGCCAGGUGGUGGCGGCCAGCCUGGGACACGAGGUCGGCCCCUCCCCUGAGGCUGGCCAGGUGGUGGCGGCCAGCCCGGGGAAGGAUAGCCUGGGCCUGUGGGUCUCGGCCCCCAGCCCGGAGGAGGGGCAAAAGGAGGCCAGGAGCGCCACGACCCCCGCGGAGGACGAGGGAGCGGGGCUCGUCCUCCGAGGAGUGGGGAAGGGAGUGGUGGCCCCUUCCCCCCCACCACAGCGCCAACUCCCCCAGCCAGGGAAGGCUCGCCAGGGGAGGGGCAGGGCUGGAAGCAGGUUGUCCCACGGCCUGUGGGACAACCUGCUCGCCAUUGCACAGACCCUGUCCCUCACCCUGGUGGUGUACUCCGCCCUGCUGGACUACUUCCCUGACUGAGGGGGGCAGCCGGCCCCACAGGGCAGUCGGCUGCCCGGGGA